AUGCGCGUAGUCUCGCACUCGCACCACUUCAGCCCCGCAGAUGCGGCGACGUGCUGGCUUGUGGCAAUCAUCUUUGCCAUCCUAGCCAUCUUCGUCGUCGCCUCAGACACAGCACAUCCUCUUGAUCACGAGCACGUCUCGCCAGACCAGGAACGCGGCGGCACGUCGGCACUCCACCGCGCCAGAUCCGUUGUUGAGCGUCAAAGGAGACAGACUCAUUCUCACGUUGAGAUGGGCAGAAAGGCGCGUCACUUCCACCACAAGCACGACAGGCCUGUCGCCGCUGUCUAUCGCGGACCGGUCGGCUGCGAGGGAUGCUCGGAGAGCGUUGCCAAGCUGCUCAGAGAUUCGCCUCCCCACUUCCGCGUGCACUAUCUUGGUCCAGACGAGACUCACGACGUGUCCCCGCAGACUCUCAGCCACCUUGACCUCUUCGCAUGGCCAGGUGGCGGUGAUGAUCAGAACGCCGAUUAUUUGAAGGUGGCCAACUACACAAAGGCACUGCGAGACUUUGUCAGCGGUGGCGGUAAGUACGCAGGAUUUUGUAUGGGCGCCUUCCUGGCAAGAGGACAAGCGAGCAAUGAGACAUUCUUCGGACUGCUUCCGGAAGGAUCAUGGGUCAGCUCGGAGCGCUUCGAAAAGAACGCCCAGGUCAAAGGCGAUGAAGACACCAUCAUUCUUACAGACUGGACUUUCCACACUGGUCCCAAAAAAGGAACGACUGAAAAAGAUAGAUGGCAAUACUUCCAGGAUGGUGGCCUCGUUCACCUGGGCCCGAACGUCCCGCCUCAAACAAUCAUCAAAGGGCAUUACACCUGGACCAAUGACGUCUGCUCAGCCAUCAUCCCGUACGGCAAAGGUCAGGUCGGACUUGUGGGAGUGCACCCAGAGGCUGGUAAGUACCGGCUCAACAGUGUGUGUGAAAGACGACACGCUCUCACGCUUGUCUCCCUCGUCCUUAUCUAGACAAAAGUUGGUACUCCGACUGGAACGGGACCAACCCCCAAGGCAUCAGGUUCGACAUUGGUCACGAUUUCAUUGACACACUGUGGCGAGCGGACGAACUUCAGGCCCACCCAGUGCCGAGCACCACUACAUCGACGUUGCCAACGGGGACCUCAACCGCACCUACUCGCUAG